AUGAGCACCGCGGCAACCACCUUCGGCUCCCCCAACCUCGCACCAGCGUCCCACUCCUUCCCCUCCUGCCGCCUCCUCUCUCAUGGCUUCACCGUCGCUGCAAACCGUCGGGUCUCCCACGCGUCCGCCCGGGCCUCCCCUGCGGCGCCGCGCCGGCGGCCCGAGUACGUCCCCAGCCGCAUCGACGACCCCAACUACAUCCGCAUCUUCGACACCACGCUCCGCGACGGCGAGCAGUCCCCGGGGGCCACCAUGACCAGCGCCGAGAAGCUCGUCGUCGCGCGCCAGCUCGCGCUCCUCGGCGUCGACGUCAUCGACGCGGGCUUCCCGGCCUCCUCACCGGACGACUUCCGCGCCGUGCGCUCCAUCGCCAUCGAGGUUGGGAACACGCCCGUCGGCGGCCACAUCCCCGUGAUCGGCGGCCUCGCCCGGUGCAACAAGAGGGACAUCGAUGCUGCGUGGGAUGCCGUGAAGCACGCCCGGCGCCCCCGCAUCAACACCUUCAUCGCCACGAGCGAGAUCCACAUGCAGCACAAGCUGCGGAAGACGCCCGAGCAGGUGGUGGCCAUCGCCAGGGAGAUGGUGGCCUACGCGCGCGCUCUUGGAUGCCCCGAUGUAGAGUUCUGCCCCGAAGACUCCGGCAGGUCAAAUAAAGAGUUCCUUUAUCAUAUUCUAGAGGAAGUCAUACAAGCUGGAGCAACAACCAUCACCAUUGCGGAUACUGUUGGGUCUAAUCUUCCUGUUGAAUACGGCAAAUUAAUUGCUGACAUAAAAGCUAAUACUCCUGGGAUUGAUAAUGCCAUUAUUUCUACUCAUUGCCAUAAUGACCUUGGCCUUGCAACUGCCAACACAUUGGCGGGUGCGUAUGCGGGAGCACGGCAGUUAGAGGUUACUAUUAAUGGUAUCGGUGAAAGAGCUGGAAAUGCUGCGUUGGAGGAGGUUGUCAUGGCACUUAAAUGUCGCCCGGAACUCUUAGAUGGCAUGUAUACUGGAAUUAAUACCCACCAUAUUACUAUGACAAGCAAAAUGGUACAAGAGUACAGUGGACUUCACGUACAACCUCAUAAAGCUAUUGUUGGUGCCAAUGCCUUUGCUCAUGAAAGUGGAAUUCAUCAGGAUGGGAUGCUUAAAUACAAAGGAACUUAUGAAAUAAUAUCACCUGACGAUAUUGGUUUAACACGUGCCAACGACUCCGGUAUUGUUCUUGGGAAGCUGAGUGGAAGGCAUGCUGUUAGAUCUGUACUAGUGGAGCUUGGAUAUGAGAUCAGUGACAACGAAUUUGAGGAUUUUUUUAAACGCUACAAAGAGGUUGCGGAGAAGAAAAAGCUCAAUCCGAGUGUUGGAUCAAACAAUAUGCCAGGAGGUGCGUCUGGCCAUGUUCUUGGAAGUCUGGAGAAGGCUCAUGGCACUUCGACCUCUCAACAACAGUAACUCGAGGUUUUCAUCGCGGACGCCUUCGACCGGUGGAGCUCAUUUCAUUGUUGGAGUAUAUUGUUGCUUGUAUGGCAGUAGCUUGCUUCUAUAUGUGACUUGUUGCUUGUAUGGAACCUAUGUGUGGUACUUAUGAACCUAU